UUGAUUUGGUUUACGUUAGGCAAGAAAACCACAAAGGUUUAGUGAAAACAAUUAAAUCUUAAACAGGUGGCCGAUUGCAGUACAAUAUGAGUAACAAAAGAAAAAUCCCUGAAGGCGAAGAAACCGAUUAUAUCGCAAAACCUCCAAAAAUUCUCUCAAAUAUUCAUUUGAGAAAUCAAGAGAAACGUUUGAUUGUCAUUCUAGAACAAGCUCAGCUUGAAUCAGCAAAGAUUGGAAAAGAUUUUGAACUGCUUAAUUGUGAUGAUCAUAUUGGUUUUUUGAAAAAACACAAUCGUGAACCAUCAUCUUGUCGCCCCGACAUCACCCACCAAUGCUUAUUGAUGCUCCUUGACUCCCCAUUAAACCGAGCAGGACUUCUUCAAGUUUAUAUUCAUACUGCAAAAAAUGUCUUGAUUGAAGUCAAUCCACAAACAAGAAUUCCAAGAACAUAUACAAGAUUUGCUGGCUUAAUGGUCCAGCUUCUUCAUAAGAUGAGUAUCAAAGCAGCAAAUGGACCAAUGAAGCUGCUAAAAGUAAUAAAGAACCCAAUCCAAGAUCAUUUACCUGUUGGUUGCCGCAAAAUCGCCACCACCUUCAGCUCAACGAAACUGGUUAAACCACGAGAUAUCGUGUUACCAGACGAGCCAAUCGCAAUCGUGGUAGGUGCGAUGGCUCACGGAAAAGUAGACGUUGAAUACAGUGAGGAAGAGAUCAGCAUUAGCCAGUACCCAUUGUCAGCUGCACUUACCUGUUCUAAAUUGUGUAGUGCUUUCGAAGAAGUUUGGGGAAUUCAUUAACUGUUGACGGAUAAAUAAUUAUUUUUUUUCCAAACCAAAUAAUUUUUUUUUUCAUUUCAAAAACCACAGCAACAACAUCAAUAACAGAUAAAAAGAUAAAACACAUGAAACUUUUGAUGAAAAAACUAAACGGUGGGCGUUCUCUUCCGUAGAGAAAAUUUCGGCCAGGUCAGCUGUUACGCUGGCAAAGUUGACUAUGGUUUGGCCAAUCCCUAGCCUAUAAAAAUAAAAUUUAAACAC